GGUUUCCAGUGUGAUCAGCCCAGUACUCCCCGCUGGAUCUCUGAGCUGGAUCCCACUAACUUCUCCCACAGACUGACAGAACCGACGGAACCCGGAGAACCCUGAGCCGGAACCGGACCAUGAGGAGUCCGCCUGAGGCCCGGAUGCUCCACGGCAGCGGCAGGUCGACGGUUUGAAUCCCGGAGAGAGUCCGACGAGCCGAGGAGCCGCUGAGCUGUGGCCUGCGAAGGAGAUUCAUGUCAUGUCAGCGGGGCGGAGUGCUGACGGGAGGGAGGUGCAGAUUCCCCUCCAGCAGGUGGCGCCCUCCCUUAUCCCGCCCCUCUCGGCAGCCCCUCCCAUCACCCCGCCCUCUCACCGCCCAGCCAAUCCCUGGCCUCCAAGCGACUCCGCGUCCCAACAAGGUGUGCCUGCAGGUUUCCUGCCGCUUCAUGGAGGAUUCAGAGAUCAUUUUGUAGAAAAACCAGAAGACAAAUACCGCUGCGAGGCCUGCAGGCUGGUCCUGUGUCAGCCCCGGCAGACCGAGUGUGGCCACCGCUUCUGUCAGAGCUGCAUCAACGACAUCCUCAGCCAUCAGAACCCGGUGUGUCCAGCUGACAAGGAGUCUCUGUUUAAAGACAAGAUCUUCAGAGACGUUUGCUGCCAUCGGGAGAUCAUGGCACUGAGGGUUUACUGUCGCAGUGAAGCUAACGGCUGUCAGGAGCAGAUGAGUCUGCAGCAGAUACCUGACCACCUGAACGUGUGUCCAUUCUUCGAGGUUCCCUGUCCACUCGGUAAAUGUAAGGAGCGAAUGAUGAGGAAGGAGAUUCCCGACCACCUGAGCUGGAAGUGUAAACACAGAGAGACCACCUGCGAGUUCUGCGCCACCAAGAUGCCCCUGACUGACCUGCAGAAACACAAAGAGACGGUUUGUCCAGCGUUUCCGGUGUUGUGUCCCAACCACUGUUCGUUCUCCUCCCUGCCCCGCAGCGAGCUGUCCAGCCACCAGCACGACUGUCCCAAAGCUCAGGUCAGCUGCCAGUUCCACCGCUAUGGCUGCACAUUCAAGGGUUUGAACCAGGACAUGAGGCAACAUGAGUCCACCGUCGCCGCUGAACACCUGAGAAUGAUGGCCAGUAGGAACUGCUCAUUAGAGAACAAGGUGGAGGAUGUGAAAGGCGAGCUGUUGGAGAGGUACAAGGUGCUUCCUGCUCUCAGCAGCCGACUGUCCGAACUGGAGAACCAGAACGAAGAGCUGCGAGAAAAGAACCGGCAGAUGGAGCAGAAACUGGCCACCAUGCAGAAACUCAUGAGCUCUCAUUCGGAGAAGCUGCUGGAGGUGGAACUGGAGCUUCGUUCUCUCCGUCUGCUCAGAGACGAGGUGGAGAACCUACGAGGAACGCUGGAGAACGUCCGGACGAGGCUCAGCGCUCUGGAACAAGGAGGACGCAGUGGAAGUGGAUCCACGACACACACUCUGGCCUCCCUGGAGACCCAGCUCAGUCGUCAUGACGACAUGCUGAGCGUCCAUGAGAUCCGACUGGCCGACAUGGACCUGCGGUUCCAGGUGCUGGAGACGGCGAGCUACAACGGGACUCUAAUCUGGAAGAUCCGCGACUACAAGAGGCGGAAACAGGACGCUGUGGCGGCCAAGACGCUGUCGCUGUACUCACAGCCAUUUUACACCGGAUACUUCGGCUACAAGAUGUGCGCUCGGGUUUACCUGAAUGGAGACGGGAUGGGCAAGGGCACGCACCUGUCGCUGUUCUUCGUGGUGAUGAGGGGCGAGUACGACGCCUUGCUGCCCUGGCCCUUCAAACAGAAGGUGACUCUGAUGCUGAUGGACCAGGGUGCCUCCAGGAAACAUCUGGGCGACGCCUUCAAGCCCGAUCCCAGCAGCAGCAGCUUCAGGCGUCCGAGUGCAGAGAUGAACAUCGCCUCCGGCUGUCCUCUGUUUGUGUCUCAGAGCGUCCUGGAGGCCGGCAGCUACAUCAAAGACGAUACCAUCUUCAUCAAGGUUACCGUGGAUACCUCUGACCUUCCUGACCCGUGAUGUCAUGGUCACGCUGACCUCUGACCUCAGCUGGUCUGAGAUGAGCUCACCAGUCCACAUCCAGCAGAGCAAAGGAUGAUGGGAAGGAUCAGUGAUGGUGGAGGCUCGUCUGGCUGAAGUGACGGCGACAGAACAGGAGAAGAAGAACAGACUGACAGGAAGCAGCCAAUCAGAGAGAACUUUACUGAGACCAGAGGAUGUAUCCUCAUCUGAUUGGCUGGUGGACUACAGAACUCUGUGUGUGUGUGUGUGUGUGUGUGUGCGUGUGUGUGUGAGAAUGAGUGUGUGUGAAUGGAUCUGUGUUGCUAUGAUGUCACCAUAGUGACAUCACCAUAGUGACAUCACUCAGAGCCAACAUGGCCGCCACAGUGAGGACGUUGUUGCUGCUCAUUACUGAUGCUGUGCAUCGAGCUUUACUUACUGUUUAUUACCCGUUUACGGAGGCAUGCUGGGAAUUCCACCACAGCCACAGAGGAGCUCAGAAGACGAGUACAGACCAUUACACACCAGUUAAGAUCAGCAGGACCCAGUAAAGACGAGUGAAGAGCAGUAUGACCUGCUAAAAACCAGUGAAAUCCAGUUGAAACCAUUUCUAGAGACAACAAAAUGAACCUCUUACAGAACCCAGUACGAACCACACAAGAGCAGCCAGUCCCAGUAUAAACCAGUAAAGACCAGCCAGACUCAGUACAAACCAAUAAAGACCAGCUAGAUUCAGUGCAAACUACACAAAACCAGCUAAACCAGUAACACUAGUGAAGGCUAGUAAGACACAAUAUAAACCAGUAAAGACCAGCUAGAACCACUGCAUACCAGUGGAAACCAUAUAAAAGCGGUACAGUAACAUUCAGUGGACAGUAUUUUCAGACAAGCCUGCUGGACCAAGCACUGACCAAGGGAGACCAGUUAGACCCAGUAUAGACUAGUUAGACCCAGUGUAAAUCCAGUUAGAUCCAGUAUAAACCAGUUAGACACAUGAUAAAUCAGUUAGAUCCAGUAUAAACCAGUUAGGCCCGGAAUAAACCAGUUAGACUCAGUAUAAACCAGUUAGAUCCGGUAUAAACCAGUUCGACCUGGUGUAAACCAGUAAAGAUCAGGUAUACUCAGUGCAAACAUUACAGGUGAUCAGAAACGAUUUACAGUGAAAAUGACUCCCAGUGAAACCAAUAAAAAUAAAGUAACAGUUGACGCUUUAUGAGGAGACCAGUUAUCCGCAGGUGAUUGGGUAUUGGUUAUUGGUUACUGGUUAUUGAUUAUUGUGUUUGUAGAGUUUAAUGUGACUCAGUUUAUGUCAUUUAUCAGGAGAAGCUGCUGUUCCAAAGUCAGCCUUCACUGUUUGUGUGUUAACUCAGUCAACUAGUUCCUGUCACACUACCUAGCUUACCAACUUGCUUCUGUCAGAGUAGCUAGAUUCUGUUUGACGAACUAGUUUCCUCCAAAGUGACUAGUUUCUCAGAAUAACUAGUUUCUGCCAGACAAACAAGCUUUGGUCAGACUAACUAGUUUAUGUGAGACUAACUAAUUGCUGUCAAACUAGUCAGACUAAGCUAGUGAGUCUAGCUAGUUUCGGUCAGAGUACCUGGUUUCCGUUGGACUGACUGGUUUCUCUUAAACUAACUUGUUUCUGUUACACUAACUAGUUUCUUUCAGGGUAACUAGUUUAUGUAAGACUAACUACCUUCUGUCCAAUGGGCUAGUUUCUAUCAUAAUACCUUGCUUCUGCCAGACUAACUAAUUUCUAUCCAGCUAACUAGUUUCAAAGUGGUUAGUGGUAGUGAAGUAGAGCUAAUAAUUUACUGGCAGCUGUAAGUCCUCAGGCUGAAGGGUUGGGUUGGUUAAGAUUAUGCUGGCUGGUUGAGGUUGGUUUCUUUUUGAACAGGUCAGAAUUGACCAGUUUAGUUUAGUUUAACCUGUAGUCAGUUCGUGGUGUUAACCUGUUUACCAGCUAGUCAAUGCAGACUAUUUAGGUUUAACUGAGGCUGAAGGGAGCGAUGGUUCAUCCUCAGAGCGGAUCUUAGACUGAUAACAGAGUUCUCUGUGUUUAACUGAAGGACUAGUUCAGGUUUGAAUGGUGACUGGUGACCACUGACAGGAAGUCUGUAAGUCUCCCAGUGAAUGGACCUGAUGUGAACAAAUCCAGAUGAAAGAGACGUAAAGAGACAGAACCAGGACGGGUUGAAGCAGCAGCAGAACCAGCAGCAGAGUCCGGUUCAGCUCCUCUGUGGCCUCAGUGAGUUUUUCAGCGUCGACAGAAUUCGUCCGACUCGUUCGAUUCAUUUGCACAGUUUGAAUGUUUCAGUGUAAAAAUAAAAAACUGACAGAAAA